AUGAUAGUGAUGAGAGGUAGAAAAAUGAAGAACAGCCUCUACAAGAUGGAAGGAUCUGUAGUGACUGAAGAAUUUGAUGCAGCAGCAGCAGCGCAGGACCAGCAGGAGACUCACUGGUUGUGGCACUACCAUCUAGGCCACAUGGGAGAUCGUAAGAUGAAAGAGCUGAACAAGCAUGGUCUGAUUUCAAAUCUGGAUGGAAGUAUCUUAAAGAUAUGUGAGCCAUACCAGAUGAAAAAGGAGAGGAGAGUGCAGUUUGCUAGCAGCUCAGCCCGCAGUGAAGCUCCACUGGAACUAGUUCACAUUGAUGUAUGGGGACCAGCCCCGAUUUCAGGUACAUCAGGAGGACUUGAUAUUCAGAUGGAGCACUCUCCAAAGAUAUCUCCAUAG